GUUCAAAGCAAGAAAUUUUUACAAAAAGGGUAGACCAUUUUGUAUUCUCUUUCAAGCAUCAAAUACACUUUAUUUGGGCAUCUUAUUGAAACCCGAAAGGGAUUGUUUCGUGUGGUGUGAAGACAUGUCUAGAUCUGGAUUAGUUUCCGUCGCAUGUCCUUAUACUGCCGUACGAGUACGUAGUUCUAAAUAAUUUGUCUGGCGGUCAAUCAGGACCUUGGCACCGAUCUUACCCACCGUAUCGAAAAAAAUGUGACCUGCAAUUUCCACCAUGUGCCGGCAUCGAGUUUCCAUGCCCUCUAAAACUGUGGAUUGAUGCCAAGCAGCCGCCAGAACGUCGGUGGGAUCCCGGACGCACAACAAAAUUCUAAGCGUUCUGAAAUUCCGGAAACCGAGCAUUGUAUAUAGUUACAGGUUUGGCUCGGGAUCGCUGCAGUGGAUUUCUUCGUGCAUGUUUGCUGAUGAAGUGCUUACUUUGCAGUCAAAGAAAUCCAUAAUGCUGAUUUUUUAAUUUGGAAGAAAUUGUCGCUCACAACUCACUUGCAGCUGGCGCACUUGAUAAAAUUCGUGCCAAAAAGAUAAAAAUUCUACUGAAAGUUGAAAGCUUAGAUUUGUAUUUCUGUUUGUUGGUGAACGACCUUUUUUGGCAUAUAGAAAAAUUGGCCGACAACAGCUUAAACAAUUUAUAUAUAAACAUAUUUUGCACAAAAGUAUUCAAAAUGUUUUACUUCAGCGCUAACAAAGGUCGUGCCAGGCGGACAUGGAUUUCAAUAUAUUUGCUCGCUCUCAUAACCGGAAUCCUAGGUUGUCCAACAGUGAAGCAAGCUAUAUGCGAGAGUGAAUCUUGCAAAAAGGCUGCUACAAAUAUCCUUACAUCUAUGGAUACAAACCUGGAUCCUUGCGACGACUUUUAUGACUACGCAUGUAACAACUGGAUCAAAUCCCAUCCACUGUCGGAUAAUCGAACAGAAAACAGUAUAUUCGAAGAUUUAGGGGAACAAAUGGUUCUUAAACGGAAAGAACUUCUGGAAUUAAAUUCAACUGAUCCAUUCGCUUCGGAAAUCAAAGCUAAACAGUUUUACAAGCAGUGCAAAGACAAAAAAAAUAUCGAAGCCAUACGGUCCAAACCAAUUCUCGAUUAUCUAAAGUCAACCAUGGAUGGUUGGCCAAUACUGGACCCUGCCUGGGAUCCCGCGGGUUUCGACCUCUUCCAUGUGCUAAAGGCUAUUCGGGCACACGGGAAUGAACCGUUGUUUUCUGUAUAUGUUGCUGCGGACCUAGAACAUCCUGAAGAAAACGUUUUAUUCCUUGGUGAAGCCAACACACAUGCGUCUAGAGAUAUAUUGGUCAGCGAAACCGGCGAUUCCUAUAGCGAAAGCUACAAAACGUAUAUCCGGGCAGUAGUAUCAUCGUUAAUGAACGAUACCGGUGAUACUCGACUGGUCGACGACGUCGAAAAGGAUAUCGAUGACAUUAUGGAGUUUAGCAAAUAUCUGUCAAUGUCAGGUUUAACCGCGGUUGAGAAACGGAAUCUGACAAUACUGAAAAUUAAAACAAGUUUCACUACUGUGCAAAGAGACGUUUUUUAUCGAUCCCGUUUUGCACAACAAUUGUUUGAUUAUGUGCAAGAUCUCUAUGACGUUCUCCAACUGGGAGAUCGAAUUACACCCACUAUGGAUAUUGUUUUACGCAGUCCCGGUUGGUACGAUAAACUGGACGAAAAACUUAUGGAGCUAGAGAAUGGGAUUGCAGGAAAACGGUAUCUUGCUAAUUACAUUGGUUGGCGAAUAAUAACAGAAUCCAUUGAUUACCUGAAUAAGGAUCUCCGUGAUGCCCUUUCCCAACACAACUCCAGGAUCAAGGGAACCAAACAGCCCCGGGAUAAGCCUUCUUCUGAGCGAUGCGCCAAUGAGAUCUCAAACGUUAUGCCCAAUGUUUUAGGUGCACUUUAUGUGCGGGAUAUGGUACAGCCGUUGCUUAAACAAAAGGCUUCGACUUUGAUGGCCGACUUGAAGGAAGGCUUUCGUGAACUACUGGUGGCUGCAACCUGGAUGGACAUUGAUACGUAUGCUUUAGGUAUUUCCAAGCUAACAGCUAUGCAGGAAUUGGCCGGUUUCCCUGACGAAUUCAAAAAUAACAUAUCUGCUGUGGACGAGGAUUAUGAAAUGGUCCGAAUUGGUCAUACGUAUUUCGAUACGGUGCUGAUGAUCAGUAAAAGCGAAGCCUAUAAACAUUUGAAGAAACUCUUCAAACGGAAUGUGAGAUUCGAUCCACUGGCCGACGCUUAUGACAUUACCAACAUCAAUGCUUAUAAUGCCCUGGGAAAGAAUUCCAUAGUUGUUUUGGCUGCUACGCUCCAGGCUCCAAUCUUUGAUGCGGAAAGUCCGCAAUAUCUAAACUAUGGAGCUGCGGGAUUCUUUGUUGGCCACGAAAUUACACAUGGGUUCGAUGAUCAAGGAUCUUCUUUUGACGACCAAGGAAUGAUGCGUCCUUGGUGGUCUGGGCAGACUAUGGAAACGUACAAUAAACGGAAGCAAAGCAUUGUCGAUCAGUAUAACAGCUACUCUUUGCCGGGUGGAAAAAUAAACGGCGAACUGACUUUGGGAGAAAAUAUUGCCGAUAAUGGUGGACUGAAAGCCGCUUUUCGAGGAUACAAACGAUAUCGACAAAGGUCACCCGUCCCCGAACCAUCUUUACCUGGACUGGAGCAUAUGCCUAUAGAUCAAUUAUUUUUCUUAUCCGCUGCUCAGGUAUGGUGCUCAAAUAAAAGACCGGAAUCGGAACACCUGCACUUGUUAACAGAUCCUCAUAGUCCUUUUAAAUUUCGAAUAAAUGGUCCUAUGUCUAACAUGCCGGAGUUUGCCAAAGCUUUUAAAUGCCGGCUUGGGUCAAAGAUGAAUCCUGUUCAGAAGAACGUCGUUUGGUAAUUUUUUUGCCGAUUGGAAACAUUUAAUCUGUGAUUAACAUUAUUGCCAGUUUUUUUCUUCUUAGCUUCGUGUUUGCUCUUAUUUUUCGGUAAUAGUUAUUUUUGCGGAAAACAUUUUGCCGUUCGACACUGGCGCGGCUUAAUAAAUCAAAGGUAUGACAGAAAUUUCAAACUCUUGGGCCACAGUAAUUAUGCUAAUUAUGCGCGUAUUCAACGACGUGAAAAUGUUGUAGACAACAACUUGAACAUGUUCACCGUCAGUGUUCACCGUCAGCUGUUAUGAAUGCUGACAACGCUAUUCAUCGCGAAACUGUACAGUCUACUACAGCUUGGUCAUUACUGUAUUAGUUUAAAAAAACGGGGAUGCGUACAACUGUCAGUGCGUGUAAUGUUUAGAAAACGAACAGUCUUUUUGUGGGGUCAGUCUCUCCGCUUUGCGAAGGCGCAUACUGGAUCCUGGAACUUCUAGAACCCGGACUGGGAUGAGAGACAGUGAUCCGCGGUGUGCCAGGCGAAUAGGUAUAAGCCGGAGGAAACUGCACAUUGUGCUUAGGUCCAAAAGGUCCCAAUGGAGAAGGCCCUAGAUAGAAGGCUAUAUAGAUUCAUUUAAACUAUUUUAUGUCUUUAACAAAUUUUACACACCCUUGCUUAAUUGCCUAACAUUUCGUAUUAUCGAGUUGAUAAUACGAAAAUAAGAAUGGAAAAUUGCAUUUAUAACGGCACUGUAGAAGCAAUAUGUGUUAGAGCUUGCAUAAAAGUUGAAAGAGUUCUUCCGAAAUCCUUUGAUCUAGAAAGGUCAUGUCUGACACAGCCACAGCCACAGCUGGUUUGUACAAACGUACUGCUUUUCCCGUGGAAAAUUCGAUAUUCCUGAUGAUGAUUAUGCUGAUUCUCCAUUGUUAUCUGAUCCGUCAGGAUGGGCGCAUAAGCCGUUGUGUGGUUGGUUCGAGAAGCGGAACUCGUGCUAGCCCCAUCACUGGAACUUAAUGCCUCUGUGGCGCUGGCAUUCCCAACAGCUGCACUCCGUGAUGGAGCAUCAGCCACUUGUGGUACCUGAUAGUUGCGUUUGCAGAAAAAUAAUAGGACGGAGCACACGCAAACUCCACAAACAAAAAGGACACUUAGGGAUAUGAUGAUCGUUACGGUAAUGCUCAACCCGAGUCCCUCCCGCGUUUCAUGGCUGUAUGCGGCAUCGCCCGGAUGGUUAUUGCGGCAGUUAAGCUCGUCGGAAUUGUCUCCACAAUGAUCGAAGGAGUCACAGCGCAGAUCUAGUUAGACAAGUAAAGGUAAACAUUGCCGACACGCAAUGGAACAAUACCUAUGGAAUACAGAAAGCUUUUUUCCUGUUUUCCCUAUUGAUUUAUUACAUCAAUGCGAACAAAUGUCUUGUGGAUUUGGUCAAAGUUCCACAAAUAUGUUGACAUGCGACCGAGGGAGCGGCUCGGUAGUUAAUGCAUUACAUUAUACCGAAACGUAAUUUGUACAGCUAAAAACUUACCAGCUGAAAUGCAGUGAUUGUUUGCGCAGCGGAAACUGCAAACGGCUGUAAAUAACCAGAUUCAUUAAAAUGAUUGGUACGUAACUGUGUAAAAUUAAAACUGAAUACACAUAUUGCCCAUGUGACGUUCGUGACUGAAAACUACAAGACAGUACGGUUUUGUUGCCUUUCCAACUGCUGUCAAAAUCAGCUGGAAAUUGCUGGCC